CAUGACUAAAUCCACAUGUCCUCUCAUUAUCUGUAUGUAAGGAAUUAAUUCAGUCACUGGAUGUGUUUCCUACAGUUAAGAAAGAGAUGAGAACACCAGAGAGAUGUCCCAGUCCACUUUUUCCACAGGAUGGUUCAGAAGAACAGCACAAUGUCCCACAGGAUGAUCAGCUUGUGAAUCCAGGUGAAGAUCUAAACAUUAUAUAUGUUACAGAGACAUAUGUGAGGGGUGAUGAGCAGAGUAUAGAGGACAUUCCUACAGAUAACCACCCAGAUGACUGUACUAGGAACUCAGGGGAACAUGUGAGAUCUUCAGAUUUUAAAGAUGGUGAUUGUGGUAUCAUAGUCAAUACAUAUGAAGAGCAUGCCAUUAUCCCAGAAAUAUCCUUGGCCUUUCAUAGCAAAGAUCUAUCAUCUGAUGCUUUCAAACAGAUACAAUCUUCAGAUUCAUCAGAGACUGUUAAGAAAACUAAAGGUAACAGAAGAAUUGAACAUCACAGAACUCACUCAGGGAAGAAGUCAUAUUCAUGCUCUGAAUGUGGGAAAUGUUUUACCCAAAAAUCAGAUCUUGUUAGACAUUUGAGAAUUCACACAGGGGACAAGCAGUUUUCAUGUUCAGACUGUGGGAAAUGUUUUACCCAGAAAUCAGAUCUUCUUAGACAUCAGAGAAUUCACACAGGAGAGAAGCCAUUCUCAUGUUCAGAAUGUCAGAAGUGUUUUAACCAAAAAUCAGAUCUUGUUAGACAUGAAAGAAUUCAUACAGGUGCAAAGCCAUUUUCAUGUUCACAAUGUGGGAAAUAUUUUUACAGAGAAGAUGAUGUUAUUAAACAUCAGAUGACUCACACAGGGAAGAAGCCAUUUUCAUGUUCAGAAUGUGGGAAAUGUUUUACAGAAAAAUCUAAUCUUCUUAAACAUGAGAGACUUCACACAGGAGAGAAGACACUUUUAUGUUUAGAAUGUGAGAAAUCUUUUACUAAGAAAUCAGAUCUUCUUAGACAUCUGAGGAUUCACACAGGCGAGAAACCAUUUUCAUGUUUAGAAUGUGGGAAAGGUUUUGCUUUGAAAUCACUAUUCGUUAGACAUAAAAGAGCUCACACAGGGGAGAAGCCAUAUUCAUGUUCAGAAUGUGGGAAAUGUUUUAUCCAUAAAGAAUAUCUUGUUACACAUCAGAGAAUUCACACAGGGGCGAAGCCAUUUUUGUGUUCCGAAUGUGGAAAACAUUUUUAUCGAAAACAAGAACUUCAUAAACAUCAGAGAAUUCACACAGGGGAGAAGCCAUUUUCAUGUUCAAAAUGUGGUAAAUGCUUUACAGAAAACUCAAAUCUUCUUAAACAUGAGAAAUGUCACACAGGGGAAAAGCCAUAUUUAUGUUCAGAAUGUGGGAAAUGUUUUAUUCAUAAAGAAUAUCUUGUUGCACAUCAGAGAAUUCACACAGGGGCAAAGCCAUUUUUGUGUUCUGAAUGUGGGAAACAUUUCUAUCGAAAACCAGACCUUCAUAAACAUCAUAGAAUUCACACAGGGGAGAAGCCAUUUUCAUGUUCAAAAUGUGGUAAAUGUUUUACAGAAAAAUCAAAUCUACUUAAACAUGAGAGACGUCAUACAGGGGAGAAGCCAUUUUCAUGUUCAGAAUGUGGGAAACGUUAUAGUGCUAAAUCAAGUCUUGUUAUGCAUCAGAGAAUUCACACAGGGAAGUAGUCAUUUUCUUUUAAUAAAACUUUGUUUUUGACGGACAUGAUUCAAGAUAAAAUACAACAGUUAGGCUGGAUACAUUGUUUAUUUGUGGCCUUUUUUCCAACAUAUAACAUUUUUUACACUUUUUGCUAGAAAAAACACCAACUCCAGAUAACUAAAAAUCUAUAGGAAUUAUGAAACGCAGGACACACUUAAGUUUUUUCCAGUUGUGGCACUUUUUCAAAUUAGGUACAUUAGAUGUGUCUGACAUUUUUUUUUUAAGUCACAGAAUGUUGAAGCAAUAUCAUUUUAUCAGGCGUAUUUCCAUCCCCUUCUUUGUAGGGGAAAAUACAGAAAAACUGCACAGAUGUGGAAAAAAAUGGCCUAAAAAUGCAUGUGACGUGUCAAAAAACAUGGUGUUCAUGGCUUUUUUAACAGCAAUAAAAAGACCAACUUUUUGUGUGUUAGAGCCCUAAAAACUAAUGUAAGGUCACAUCAUAGAAGAGAAAGAUAAAACAAUUAAGACCACAAAAUAAUGAUUAAAUAUAAUGUGGUUGGUAAUGAAAUGUAAUUACCAAUAAGUGUAUGCUGUGUAAAAAGCAAAUAAACUACAGGGAAUAUAUAUUAACCAAGUGUAAUUGUUUCAGGUAUUAUUGCAUAUCGGAGAAUUCACACGGGGGAGAAACUAUUUUGUUCAGUAUGUGGGAAAUCUUUUAAUCAGAAAUCAGAUCUUCUUAAAUGUAAAAGAAGUCACACAUAAGCAAAACCAUUUUGAAGUUCAGAUUGUGAGAAAUGUUUUGCCUGAAAUCAGACAUUUGAGAAUUCACACAGGGGAGAAGCUUUUUUCAUGUUGAAAAUGUAGUAAAUGAUUUGCAGAAAAAUAAAGUCCUAAACAUGAGAAACAUCACAUAGGGGAUAAGCUGUUUCAUGUUUAGAAUGUGGGAAAUAUUUAAAUCAGAAAUCAGAAUUUGGUACACAUCAGAUAAUUCACACAGGAGCAAAACCAUUUUCAUGAUCCGAAAGUGAGAAUUUCUUUACCUGAGUAUUCAGAUGAGAAGGAGAGAACCCAUAUUCAUGUUCAGAAUGUCUUAGCUAAAUAAGCAGGUCUUGUUAAACAUCAGAGAAUUCACACAGGGGUGAAGCCAUUUUUAUCUUCAGAAUGUGUGAAAAUUUAGACCAAAAAAGUAUCUAUUUUUUUUCCAUUCUCUUUUCUAUAGGAGGAAA